AUGUGGAACAAAAACUGGAUCUAUUUCAACUCCGGAACACCAAACAUGACCCAUAAUCCCUUACCUAAUCAUCCGGAAACUGAAAUAAAUGCAAUCACCACAGAGAAUGGCAGGAGAAUCAAGACCAGUAUUUCGAAAGUUAAAGAUCUUUUGGCUUGGGUUUGGAGCCAAAUGGUAAAGGUGAGGCUUCUUGCACCCCAGUCACGUGCAACAAGGAUUGAAGGUGGUAAUCACUGCCGUUACCACAACAAAGAAGGACAUAAGGUUUUAGUCCUGGCUGUUAUUUCUAGGGCUUUGAUUGCCUCACUUCUCGUCUCUCUUCUCCUGUUUCAACUGGUUGAAGCUGACCAUCAGUUGGUGAAUGAUGCUAGCAAGGGAACCUCGCCCCCGAAGAAAAUUGACUGUGGGGGAGCUUGUGCAGCCAGGUGCCUGUUAUCAUCGAGGCCACAUCUAUUCAAGAGGGCAUGCGGGACAUGUUGCGCACGUUGCAACUGUGUUCCUCCAGGAACAGCCGGAAACCAAGAAAUCUGCUCCUGCUAUGCUAGCUUGACCACACACGGUCGCAAACGCAAGUGCCCUUGAGUUUAAUAUCAACGUGACAGAAUCAAUCUCUCCUUAAUUUGAUGAUAAUUAAUGAGUUGGUGAAGAAAGAAACUAACGCAUGCAUGGUUUGAGAAUUAAUAAAAG